AUGUGGCAUGGGCCUUUCAGGGUCGCGGAGACGGUCGAUCGGUACGCAUUACGGCUGGAAACCGCCGGCACAGAGUACCGACUAUUCCCGAUUGUCCAUGUGUCAAAGCUGAAGCUGGUGAAGAGCUACCCAGAGCGCCCGACAUUCACGCUGACGAACCACGAAGUAGAUCGCGUAGACUUCGACGAAGGCUUACUGCCCGACGACAGUUGGGAGCGCGAACUUGAAGAGGACGAGUACGAGUUGGAACGGAUUGCAGAUGUGCGCUCGAGCAAGAAGACUCGAUAUGGCCGUACACGACGCGAAUACCUAGUCUUCUGGAAGGGCUACGCCGAGCCGUCAAGGGUCGAUGAAACUGAUCUCAACUGUGGAGCGCUGUUAAGAGACUUCGAUCGGGGUCGGACAGAUCCCAACCGGUUCGAGGCGGUGGAUGACUAA